CCUCCGUAGCCCUUCAUCUCUGGUCACCCUUCCCCCAGCGUCCCUGUUCCUCAGGUUUUCCCCGAGAGUUCCCGUGCCCUAGUGCUUUACCCCCCAUUCCCCGGUGCCUGUCCACCACAUCUUCCCCACCUCCCUCCCCUGCGCCCUCCACAUUUUCCUCUAGUACCUCCCAUCCAGCCCCCUCUCCCACCUCCAUUCCUACUCCGCGGCUGCCUGUUGGUCACUCUGGGAUCUGCUAACUCUAGAUCUAUAACCUGUUUCAGAUUAAGUAGCAAACGUUUGCAGUAACCCCAAGGGCAAGUCAAACACAAGUUUUGAAACAAAUUCUACCUUGGCGGUGUUUGGAAAAAGGCAGUGUUCGGCAGAGGAGAAAAUUUUCCAGAGGGCUGGGGAAAGUAUCUGGGAAGACUUGCCUGGGCCUCCUUCCUUUGUUUUGUUCUUAGGACUCUGUCUCUCCCCUCAAAUAUGUCAUCUGAGUAUCUGCCCCUCUGCACUGGCAGUCUCUGUUCUCAGUGAGGGAGCGCUUGGUAGAUUGUCUUUCUAGGAGGGAGUUGAGAGGCUCAGCACUGUUGGCAUGUAGGGGAAAUUGAAGAGCCCUCUGCGGUGGUAGGGUUUGGCAUUUGCAUUGGCCCAUGCCUUUAUCCUCCACUGAGACCUGCCUGGGAGUGUUGUGAGGAAAAACCUGGUUAAUUUUUUGCCGUUCUGGUAGUCACAAAGCUUUUCUGUAGGAAUUGUCUCCAGUCAACAUAUUCUACUAGCCAGGCUUUCAUUCUGUGACAGCCUUUUUAAGAGUCUGCUUCUCGAGGUGAGAAGCCUCAGUUGUUUCCAUCAUUCUUCUGGCAGGAUGAUGGUUUGAGAUCUCUUUCCCCAGCAAGAUAUCCUCAAAGAAGUGAUAUUCAUAUUUGACUGUGGGCCUUCUUGUGUAGUCUUCCAAACAUAGCAUAGCAGAACCAAGGCCCCAUUCGUCCAGCUUGGUUUGUGUUGACACUGUCCACUUUGAGGCCUUCUAUGCUACUUCUGCUCAAUGUGUCUUCCUGUGCCCUCUUGUGCUGUUAGCUGUGCUGGUUACUUCUGAGUAGGGACUGUAGUUAAAGUAUUACAGCAAGUAGUAAUGUAGUAAAGGACAGCCUCCUAAAAGUACUUCUUCACUUUGAGAAGUUGAAGUCAACUCUAUUGUAUUCUGGUACAACAGUGGGAUUUUGUUUGGAUCUCAUAUAGACCUGGUUGGCUUCAACUUACUGAAGAUGACCUUGAAAUCCUGAGACUUCUUGAUUCAGAAAGUCUACUAGUCUUCCUGUGGUUCAGUGGUCUUUUCCCUAACAGUUUAUAUCAGCAUCACCAUCUUAUGUGAAAUAAAGCUGUUAGUUUGGAGAAGUUACUUGAGUCUUUCUUGAUUGUAAUCUUGAUCAUGGGUGGUGCUGUGAGUGCUGGUGAGGACAACGAUGAGCUGAUUGAUAAUUUGAAGGAAGCCCAGUACAUCCGGACCGACCUGGUAGAACAGGCUUUCCGAGCUAUUGAUCGAGCAGAUUAUUAUCUUGAAGAAUUUAAAGAAAAUGCAUACAAAGACUUGGCAUGGAAGCAUGGAAACAUUCAUCUGUCAGCCCCGUGCAUCUACUCAGAGGUGAUGGAGGCAUUGGAUCUGCAGCCUGGGCUUUCAUUUCUGAACCUAGGCAGUGGUACUGGCUAUCUCAGCUCUAUGGUGGGCCUCAUUCUAGGUCCUUUUGGUGUGAACCAUGGGGUGGAACUUCACUCAGAUGUGACCGAGUAUGCAAAGCAGAAGCUGGAUGUCUUUAUCAGAACGAGUGACAGUUUUGACAAGUUUGAUUUCUGUGAACCUUCCUUUGUAACUGGCAAUUGCCUGGAGAUUUCUCCAGAUUGUUGUCAGUAUGACCGUGUGUACUGUGGGGCUGGUGUACAGAAAGAACAUGAAGAAUAUAUGAAGAAUCUUCUCAAAGUUGGAGGGAUCCUUGUCAUGCCUCUGGAAGAGAAGGUCAGGUUCCCUUUACAGUUGACGUUUGUAUAUCCUGUCCACCAGAGUCUGUUCCAGUUGACCAAGAUAACACGCACAGGCCCUUGUGCUUGGGAAACAAAAAAGAUUCUGGCUGUUUCCUUUGCCCCUCUGGUCCAGCCCUGCCGUUCAGAGUCAGGACAGUCCAGACUUGUCCAGCUACCGCCGCCAGCCGUGCGCAGCCUACAGGACCUGGCACGUCUUGCCAUCCGUGGCAGCAUCAAGAGGGCCAUGCGCCAGGAAGUGGCCAGAGGAGGCGGAGGAGGAGGAGACGGAGGUGGAAGCGGCCUGAAGAGCACGCCUAUGUUUAAAAGAAGACGAGUCCGCCGCCGUCGAAUGGAGACCAUUGUCUUUUUGGACAAGGAAGUCUUCGCCAGUCGAAUUUCCAACCCCUCUGAUGACACCAGCUGUGAGGAUGGAGAGGAGGAGCGGCAAGUGGCAGAGAGGACCCCGCGGGAGGUCAAGCCUGAGCCCCCCGUAAAUUUCCUUCGCCAGAGAGUGUUACGCCUUCCUCUUCCGGACCCGCUGAAGUACUACCUGCUGUAUUACAGGGAAAAGUAAGCCGUGGGAAAGGGGUGCCAGGAUGCCCAGAGGGAGCUCUUGGCCUGGUUUCUCACGUCUUUUCCCUUUCUUGGUUACUGACUAUCCUCCAAAACUUUGAUGCAAUGGUGUGAUUUAUUUAAGCACAAUCCAACAAGACAGUGCAUAGAAGUGUUUUCCUCAGGUGGGGAGCGUCUUGUUGGCUCUGCUGAAACAUGAUCCAGUGGGAGGAGCGAGGAGCAUGACAUCUUCCCUUUCCCAGGCAAAUUUACACAAGGGGCUGGAACUGAACUGAUCCUUUGUGAAGCAAGGGGCAAGACUGACUGUAAAGGUGUGACAUCUUCUCUCUAGAUGUGGCAUACCAUCACUGAGCUUGAAUUUUAUGGUAUGGACCUUUUACAUGCUGUCACUGAGUUCCACUGACAUUUGUAGUUUUCUAGGUGAGGAAAGCUGCCCUUAUUUUAAUCAAACUAAUCACAUCUUACAUGAACUAUCAACUGUAAUUUUUAAAAGGAAAAAAUGAGGAGGAAUAAAAGGAUAAACUGCCAGAUGUCUUUCUGAAAUUUCCAAAGACUUCCAAGCAAUUUGUUCCCCACCCCAUAUCUUCUGUUACUUUAUAGGAACCAUCAUCAAGUAAAAUCUUACAAAAUAUUCUAGAAAAAAAAAGAGUUUUCUUUCCUUUUUUUUUUUUUUUUUAAAUCUAUGUGUGAUAAGCUUUUCUCUAACCUUAGGGAUGAUUCAUGAAUCAUUCAUGACCAACUGCAAAGACAGAAUAGGUUUCUUAGGUGUUGAUAUGUGAGUUCUCAGAGUAGUGGCGAGACUGCAGGGCAUAUCAGACUAGAGAAUGUUGCAAACAGCCUGUGCUUCUUGACUUCAGUUUGCUAUCUUUCUGUGAUCACAUUAGAAUAAUGAUUCAUAGAUUUUUAUCUUUUAUAAUUCUGGAGAAAAAAAUUUGUUAGUUUUGUAAAUUUUCUUAAGAGCAAAUGUAUUUUACUAGCUCCAUUGCAUUAAAACAGUUUAACUCAGUGAUUUGUGAAAUCCAUCUUCUCCAGGCCUUUGGUGUUGAGAACGUUCUAUCAAGUUGUAGGUUUAUGAAAAAAACAACAAAAAGCAAAACAAACAAAAAAACCUUUCUGGCUGUCAGAUGGCAGGACUUGAAGUUAUACUGCUGAUUCCAAAAGUUGGCCCCUUUUAAAAAAUAUUUUUUUUACCCAAAGAAAAGUGUAAAUUGUUAGUAAUAACCCCAAAUUAAAGUGUUAAUGUUGGAUUAAGUGCUGUGAUUUUUAUGAUUUACUUUAACCUUAGCCUCUUGUGACUUGCAGGGAGGGGCUUGAUAGGCCUAUGAUUUCUACAUCUUAAAUGGUUAUUUUGGAUCUUUUCUGCUUUUGAAAAAAAAAUUAGGCGAAUCAUUUUUUUUUUUUAACCACACAAUGUAGUCUGCAUGUGUAGCUGGGAGAACAUAUAUUGCCCUACAUUGGUAAAUAUAAACUGUGUUAAAGAAAGUUCAUAGUUGUUUUUAAUCUGCCUUUUAACUUAAAGUCCGGCUUCUUUUCUUUCAGAGAGAAAUGCAUGCUCUAACCUGACUUGCUAAUGUUUUAUAGUUUGCAGAUCCCUGUCAACAUUAACUCUGUUAGCUAGACUUCUAUGUUUCACAGAAAAUUUUGAAUAUAAUAUUAAAUAAAUGAUAUCUGUGAAGUCUGUAUAUUAGAUGGCUUUACUGAAUUUUUCCCUGUUAUUGAAUAUGGGCGUGUUUUGGAACAGCCACAUUUACCUUUAUGCUGGAUAAAAAAAAAUGAUUGCAAUGCAUACAUGUUUUUUCUUUAUAUGUUAAACUUUUCUUAGUAUUUUGUAUUUACAUGCUAUCUGUUUUGUGAUUUUAAAACCAGAAUUCAGUUAAAUAUAGUUGUAAUAUAUGUGAGAAAUAGAUUGGUCUUUAUAUUAUAAAACCAAUAGAAAAUUGAAAAUUUUCUGUAAGUACUUUGCUGCCAGAAUUCAUUGUAAUAUACUAUGUUCUGUUUUCAUACUAGUAAAUCUUAAUAUAGUCAAAUGUUUGUCUUCAGAAUCUAUAUUGUAAACAACAUUCUUGGCAACUGUUUAUGUUUCGAGUAGUUGGCAUUUUAAACGUAAGUUCUCUUGUAGUGAUCAAAGGUGUACGCAAAAAUACAUUUGCCAGUGUGGAACUUACAAGUGGAAAUCCAAGAAAUUAGAAAUAUUGAUUCUAAUGAGAUGUGUCACAUGGAUGAACACAAAUGAAUCAAUCAAUAAAAAAGUAGUUAAGACAUUA